AUGCUCUCUACCAGUCUACACCCUUAUACAGUCUCGGCCUUCAACCCGCUGCCGUCCCCGGACCUGCUCAACCAUGAUCAACACCCGCGUCUCCCCACGUCCGGCCUCGACGCACUAGCACAGGGCUCGCAGUACGCGCUGCAUCACUAUCCUCCCCCAGCCCAGCAUGACCUAGACGGAAAAUCUUUUGCGAGACAGAGACAUCACCCCUAUGUCAACCCGUCGCCCUCCGCCACCCAGAGACCAGCCAUGGCCCCAGACCGGAUGGCCAGGAACUCCAUUUCCGGCGCUCCCGUGCGACGAAGAAUCAGCCGCGCCUGCGACCAGUGCAACCAGUUGCGGACGAAGUGCGACGGAAAGUCUCCUUGCGCGCAUUGUGUCGAAUUCGGUUUGACAUGCGAAUAUGUCCGCGAGCGGAAAAAGAGAGGAAAGGCUUCUCGGAAAGACAUUGCAGCGCAGCAAGCAGCCGCAGCCGCAGCCGACAAUGGUCAAACCAGCCCACCACCACCAGGGACUGCUUACGCCAGUGAAGGCCAAAAUGGCAACGAAUUACCAAACCAAGAGAGGAAACGACAAGACUCCACAGCUGAGGUGCUCCCUCACGGCGUCCGCCCGGAUAGGUCCGCCAGCAUCGCGAGCAACCGGAACGGGACGGCGAGCGCAGUCUUUGCAGACAUAGCCUCCAUGCCACGACCUAACGAGUACGAAAUCCCAGAGCAUCAAAUGCAUGGGCAGCCAGAUGGCAUGGUUACCGGUCUAGCAACGCCACGUCUGUCAACCAACGGCGUUCACGACCGCGGCAUGCCCCUGAUGAGCAUGUCCGAUUACGGUUCCAUGGACGAGUACCAUCGAAGCGUCGCUUCGCCCACUCAUGGAAACGGGAACAUGAUGCUUCAAAACGGUGGUGUCCUGCAGCACCCCCUGAUGUCCGCCAACGGUAUCCCAAACUACCAUGAAAACGCUUACCCGAUACUUAGCCCACAAGGCCAACAUGCAGCACACAACGGAUUUCGCAUACCCACCGGGGAGAGCCCACUGCCAGGUUUUCUCGGGCACUCUCCAGUCGCUGGCUCUCCUGGAUGGCUGUCGCUUCCCUCGCCUUCGGCAGCACUAUACUCACAGAACCACCUUUCUCACUCCCAAGUCCUUCGAUACCCUGUUUUAAAGCCUUUGAUACCACACCUUGCGGGCAUUAUCCCGACCAACCUCGCAUGCGACCUUCUUGACCUGUAUUUCCAAAGCUCAACUUCCGUUUUCAUGCAGCCAGUUUCUCCUUAUGUUCUUGGCUACGUUUUUAGGAAGAGAUCCUUCCUCCGACAAAACAACCCUCGAAUUUGCAGCCCAGCUCUCCUGGCUAGCAUGCUCUGGGUUGGCGCUCAAACCCACGAAUCCGCAUUCCUCACAUCGCCUCCAUCGACGCGCGGCAAAGUCUGCCAGAAGCUGCUUGAGCUCACCGUUGGCUUGCUGAAGCCCCUUAUCCAUACCCCUGACGCCAGCAACUACGCUUCACCGAAUUUUGCCGCCAACACCGUCAUCAACGGAGUGGCGCUCGGCGGAUUCGGUGUGGCGGUGUCUGGCAGGCUACAUGAGACAGAGGGAGGCUCCCCAGGCAACUCUGGGGCACUGGACGACAUUGCAACCUACAUGCACCUGGCGGUAGUGGUGUCGGCUAGUGAGUACAAGGCGGCGAGUCUGAGAUGGUGGAACGCCGCGUGGUCGCUGGCAAGGGAGCUGAAACUGGGGCGCGAGCUGCCACCUAACCCGCCCCCACCAUCAAGGGGAACUGACGAAGACGCUGACGCAGAGGGCGAGGUCGAUAUGGACAUGAACAUGGGCGACGGCCGCCAGAACGGCUUGGGCAGCCACCUCGAGACUCCUCCUGGAACCGUGACUGAAGAGGAACGAGAAGAGCGCCGGAGGAUAUGGUGGUUGCUGUAUACCAUGGACCGACACCUCGCCCUUUGUUACAACCGGCCACUUUUUCUACUCGACGUCGAGUGCGACAGCUUGUUGCAACCGGUAGACGAGCACAGGUGGCAGGCCGGCGAGUACUACACUGGCGACUCGGACCCAACGUAUGCGGAAUUCAGGCGACGAGGUCCUUCCCUUGAGGUGACCGGACACGGUAUCUUCGGCUACUUCACCCCCUUGAUGACGAUUCUGGGGGAAAUAGUCGAUUUCAACCACGCGAGGAACCAUCCCAUGUUCGGGAGUCGCUUCCGCGGUGGGCCAGAGGGGAACGAUUACGCCGCAGCAAUUGCGGAGCAGCUCAGAGCGUACGGCAGAAGUCUCCAAGAGUUCGAGACGCGAUUCACGAACAGCCUGAACGAGAACAACGAGAGCGCCGAGAAUAACACAGGUCGCGACAUCGGCACGCCAUCCGCACACUCGGUCAACUCGUCUAGCUCACGGGUGACGGAAUCCAUUAUCCAGACCAAGAUCGUAGUGGCAUACGCGACACACCUGAUGCACACGCUGCACAUACUGCUUAACGGGAAAUGGGACCCGAUCUCGCUGCUAGACGACGAAGAUCUUUGGAUCAGCAGCGCGUCCUUUGCAGAAGCGACGCAGCACUCGGUGCUGGCAGCCGAAGCACUCAGCGACAUUCUCGAGCACGACCCGGAUCUGAGCUUCAUGCCCUUCUUCUUCGGCAUCUACCUACUGCAGGGAAGUUUCCUGCUCCUGCUGAUCGCGGACAAGCUGCGCGCAGACGCAAACCCCAACGUCGUCAAGGCGUGCGAGACGAUUGUGCGCGCCCACGAGGCCUGCGUCGUCACCCUCAAUACGGAGUAUCAGCGCAACUUCCGCAAGGUCAUGCGCUCGGCCCUCGCGCAGGUCCGCGGCCGCUGCCUCGAGGACUUUGGCGAACAGCAGCUGCGCCGCCGCGAGGUCCUCGCCCUCUACCGCUGGACCGGCGACGGCAGCGGCCUCGCCCUCUGA